AUGUCACAGCAUUGUGAGGUGGAUGAAUCUCAACACGAGUGCGGCGGAUACUGUUACGGAGCUGUGAAACCGGUCCUGGAGUACCUCGCCAUCCUUCAAAUGCGAGUGGAGUCUUACGAGGCCAAACAGCCCGCAGAUACUCUAUCGAAAAUCGCGCAAAUGGACAAAAAGUUAGAGACUCUAGGAAGAGAGUUGGCGAUCCAGCAGGAAUUGGAAAAGAGCUCACAGUCCGCAGAUACUCUCAAACAACUGGCCAAAAUUGAUGAAAAGUUAGAGGCAGGAUUAGGAAGACAGUUGAUGAUCCAGCAGGAACUGGAAAAGAGCUCCAAACAGCUAGCUGAUACUCUAUUAAAAAUCGCACAAAACGACGAAAAAUUAGAGGUUCUAGGAAGACAGUUCGCAAUUGAGCUGGAGUUGGAAAAGAGCUCGCAGAUGAGGCUUCAAAGAUUAGAGCUUUUCGAAAAAAUACGCAAGGAUGAGACGAAGGCACUCGGCAGAAUGCUGAAUAAGACCCAGAGAUAUUGGAUAGAUGUGAACGAUAUAAAAAAGGAAGGAGAGUUUAUUUCGGCCACUACUGGCUUGCCGGGAACAUUCUUUCACUGGCAGGAAAACGAACCCAAUAACAAGGAAAGCUCUGAAAAUUGCGUCGAGCUAAUUACCGCCGAAUUUUGGAUGAACGACCAAUCAUGCCAUUACGAAAAUUACUUUAUUUGUGAGACACCUUGGGAUUCACUGUAACCUAU